UUAAUAAUUAAAAGUAAGUGUUUAAAACAUUUUCAGGCAUUUGUAAUUGUUCUAUUAGUUAUGUGAGAAAGAAAGCAAUUAUUCUAAUUAAAGUUGAAAUAGUACACUGUUUUAAAUGUUAAAAAUAAGUCCUUAUGGCAUUUUGAUUUAUCUCCGUGAACACUGGGGUAGUUUGUCAUGAACUCUAGGUAGUUUAUCAUGAACUCUCCUGGCCUCUGAUGGCUUCAUUUUGGAGGCAGGAAACAAUGUGGUAUUUGAAAAAAAAAAAAAAAAAAGGGAAAAAAAGACAAAAUAUCGCCAAGAAUUUCUAAAACUUUGAAAUUUUGUUAAUACAUAAAGUAAUUUUGUUGAAAUAUUUGAUAAACAGAAAGAACACCUGCUGUCAGGAUUUUUAUAUACAUGAUUAAAAUGUUAUAUUCUCCUGCCUUCUGUACACUUAACAGAACUUUAAGGCAAGGAAACAAAAUCUUUGUGAUCUUAAGGAUAGAUUAAGUUGCUUUACAUGGCAGCUUUCUAAAAGUUUAAUGAUAUAACCUCAUCUUUUGUGCAAUAUAGCCCAAUUUAUUCAACACUCCUAAAUAAAAAUGAGACAAACGCUUUAUAAAAUUGACAGUUUUUUGGUUGAUAUACUUAGAAUUUUAUGUUUGAAGGGGAAAUGCACAUAUAUACUUGUAAGAAAUAUACUUAGUGACAGCAUUUGACUUUAGGUUCCAUACUGUCUGGUGAUCUUAAAUAUAGGAUACAUCACUUGAAAUGAAAUAGAAUCCUUGCUUUCAAAACUAGCUUGAAGCUAGAGUGACUUUAUUAAUGAUUAAGAGAAAAAAAUCAGUUGUACAAUUAUAAGUAAAUGAUAUUCUGAAAGGAACAAUUUGCUAAAUGUUUGUAUGUGAUUGAUCUUAUCUCUACCAUAUUUAGGAAGCAGUCAUGUUUCAUGAGUCCUCAAAACUAUGAGACAAGAGAAUGUAGUAGAGUGAGGCCAGAAGUCCUUACUGACUCAAAGAACUCCAGGGAAACUGGGAUAGAACAUUUUACAUUAUAAGUAGAACCCCGGGAGCCAGAGGUGAACACAAGUUUAUCUGCAGAGCUCCGCUGCAGGGCUGAGCUGGGUCUGGAAGAAAUGGAUGAGAGCCACUGGAUGAAAUUCACUAAUACUAGACAUCUGAGUCCUCUAAGGUUUGUGAAUGAACUUUGCUAAAUAUGGAUUCAGGUGGUGGAAGUCUUGGAUUGCACACAUCAGACUGUAGAAUGGCCCAUACCAUGAUUAUGCAGGAUUUUGUGGCUGGAAUGGCUGGUACUGCACAUAUCGAUGGAGACCAUAUUGUUGUUUCAGUUCCUGAGGCUGUAUUAGUUUCUGAUGUUGUCACAGAUGAUGGGAUAACCCUUGAUCAUGGCCUUGCAGCUGAAGUUGUCCAUGGGCCUGAUAUCAUCACUGAGACUGAUGUAGUAACAGAAGGUGUAAUUGUUCCUGAAGCUGUACUUGAAGCUGAUGUUGCUAUUGAAGAAGAUUUAGAGGAAGAUGAUAGUGAUCAUAUCUUGACUUCUGAGCUAAUUACAGAAACUGUUAGAGUACCUGAGCAGGUUUUUGUGGCUGACCUUGUUACUGGUCCUGAUGGACACUUAGAACAUGUGGUCCAAGAUUGUGUUUCAGGAGUUGACUCUCCCACAAUGGUAUCAGAGGAGGUUCUUGUAACUAAUUCAGAUACAGAAACUGUGAUUCAAGCAGCUGGUGGUGUUCCUGCUUCUUCAGUUACUAUUAAAACCGAAGAUGAUGAUGAUGAUGAUGAUGAUGAUGAUGUCAAGAGCACUUCUGAAGACUACUUAAUGAUAUCUUUGGAUGAUGUUGGGGAAAAAUUAGAGCAUAUGGGGAACACACCAUUAAAAAUUGGAGGUGAUGGUUCACAAGAAGAUGUUAAAGAAGAUGCAUUUGGUUCAGAAGUAAUUAAAGUGUAUAUAUUUAAAGCUGAGGCUGAAGAUGAUGUUGAAAUAGGUGGAACAGAAAUUGUCACAGAGAGUGAGUACACCAAUGGACAUUCCGUAGCUGGAGUGCUUGACCAGAGCCGAAUGCAGCGGGAGAAGAUGGUUUACAUGGCAGUUAAAGAUUCUUCUCAAGAAGAAGAUGAUAUUAGUUGCGCUGAAAUAGCAGAUGAAGUUUACAUGGAAGUCAUUGUAGGGGAAGAGGAAGGAACUUCUCUCCCUGAGACUCAGCUUGAGGACUCUGAUGUUAAUAAAACAAUUGUCCCUGUUGUCUGGGCUGCGGCAUAUGGAGAUGAAAGAAGAGUUUCCCGGAGGUAUGAAGAUUGUCAAGCAUCAGGAAAUGCCUUGGACUCAACAUUAGAGAGCAGAAGUAGUACAGCAGCACAGUACCUUCAAAUUUGUGAUAGCAUUAAUACAAAUAAAGUACUUAAACAAAAAGCCAAGAAGAGGAGAAGGGGAGAAACGAGGCAGUGGCAAACGGCUGUUAUAAUAGGCCCUGAUGGACAGCCCCUGACAGUAUACCCUUGCCAUAUUUGCACAAAAAAGUUUAAAUCCAGGGGAUUCUUGAAAAGACACAUGAAGAAUCAUCCUGAUCACUUGAUGAGAAAAAAAUAUCAGUGUACAGAUUGUGACUUUACAACUAACAAGAAAGUAAGUUUCCAUAACCACUUGGAAAGCCAUAAGCUUAUAAACAAAGUUGACAAAACCCAUGAAUUUACAGAAUAUACACGAAGAUACAGAGAGGCUAGUCCACUGAGUUCAAAUAAACUUAUAUUAAGAGACAAGGAGCCGAAGAUGCACAAGUGCAAAUACUGUGACUAUGAAACUGCAGAACAAGGACUAUUAAACAGACAUUUACUGGCUGUUCACAGCAAGAAUUUUCCUCAUGUUUGUGUUGAGUGUGGGAAGGGCUUUCGACAUCCCUCUGAACUCAAGAAACAUAUGAGAACCCAUACUGGUGAGAAGCCAUAUCAGUGUCAGUAUUGUGUCUUCAGAUGUGCAGAUCAGUCAAAUCUGAAAACUCACAUUAAGUCUAAGCAUGGUAGCAGUUUACCAUAUAAAUGUGAGCAUUGUCCUCAAGCAUUUGGUGAUGAGAGGGAGCUUCAACGCCAUCUGGAUUUGUUUCAAGGACAUAAGACACACCAGUGUCCUCAUUGUGACCAUAAGAGCACCAACUCAAGUGACCUUAAGCGGCACAUCAUAUCUGUCCAUACUAAGGAUUUUCCUCACAAAUGUGAGGUCUGUGAAAAAGGUUUCCAUCGUCCUUCUGAGCUCAAAAAGCAUAGUGAUAUCCAUAAGGGUAGGAAGAUUCAUCAGUGUAGGCACUGUGACUUUAAAACAUCAGACCCGUUUAUUCUUAGUGGUCAUAUCCUUUCAGUUCACACAAAGGAUGUGUCAUUGAAGUGUAAAAGGUGCAAGAGAGGGUUCAGACAACAAAAUGAGCUCAAAAAACAUAUGAAGACCCACACUGGAAGGAAGAUUUAUCAAUGUGAGUAUUGUGAAUAUAGCACUACAGAUGCAUCUGGCUUUAAACGACAUGUGAUAUCAAUACAUACAAAAGACUAUCCACACAGGUGUGAAUUCUGCAAGAAGGGAUUCCGAAGACCAUCAGAAAAAAAUCAGCAUAUUAUGAGGCACCACAAAGAGGCUCUUAUGUAAUAAGAUCAAUAUAAAGAAGGAAGCUAUUUCAAGAAUAUGAUAUGCUACAUGGGAGGAAAAUUUCAUGAACUGUUUCAUGUAGUUCCAAAGCUUGAUAGUAAAUCAUAACUUUACAUUCUUUGUAUUAGAGAUCUUGAAAUAUUUGAAUUGACAGGGGAUCUUGUAGCCCUUUGAAAAUUAAAGAAUUUAAGAAGCACCAUAGAACGGUUGCAGAAAAACUCUUAAGUGUCUAUUUAAUAGUAUUAUAUGUAUAAUUAAACUACAGAAGGGAAAAGCAAAGACAAUGACUUUAUUUGGCUGAUCACACUAGAGAUAAAUGUUUCUGAAGAAAUCAUAAUCAAUUGAGUUUAGCAGUGUUUUGCUGUGGCAAGCAAGUCUCACUUUUAUGUGAUUUUCGAAAUGAGGUGGGGCAAUAAAAUGCAGUCAUCCAUCAGUCACUUAGUCAUUGAUCCUUUUUUAUGGUAUCUGAAAAUUGAAUUCCAGAAAUGGCAAAAGUUUUGUGUAUUCAUUAAAAGAAAUGUCACUGAAAAACAGCUUAUAUUAAUUCAAUGCUAUUAAAAAGAAUUUCAGAGCUGCUAAGAUUUUAUCACAGGAUAGGAUGUUUAAAAUACAGCAUUCUUUGCUGAAGUCUAAGGUGAAGUCUGAGAUGAAAGCUCCCUUUUUUCUGAUGUUCAAGUUGAUUUUUCAGUAUGGCAUAUAUGACAAAAGUAUUUUGAGUCAAAUGUGGCUUUCUAAAACAGAUGCAGCAGUAGUGUUGCAAAUAAAGUUAGCACUAUAUUUCUUAAUGAUCUUAAGAUUAAAUUGAGAGAACACAGUUUUCUUAAAAAACAAUGUUUAGAAAUUUCUUUUUAGGUCAGUCUCAGCAAGUAGGGUUGGUUUAGUCUUACUUGCUCUAAUGUUUCAAGGUGCAAUUUUAUGCCAUUAUUGAAAAUUUUGAUUUUUAAAAUCUAUAUACCAUAUUAUUAACAUGCAUUUUCAACGUGAGGCAGCAUAUAUGCAGUAUUUAGCAAAACACUGUGUUGCCAAUAGAGUUUGGAGGUGGAUAUUCAGUUUACAGUGUAUAAAUUUAAAAUAUGCAUCCUUUUAACAACGCUUUGUGUUAGCAUGCUGCAAAUCAAAAUGGCGCUUAAUAUAAAAAGCUGGUUUAGGGAAAUUUUAAUGAAAAUCUUGUUCAUAAAUGUAAUGCAUAUGAUGUGUACUUUUAAGUUAUAGUUGCUUCAUGUUUACACUCAGCUGUUCAACAUAAUUAAAAUGUAAUUUUACUUUAUGCUAUAUUGUGGCUUUGUGUUUGAAAUAAUGUUCACCUUUCUGUUUCUGCACCAGAUGAGAAUCUGUUCCUUGAGAAUAAAUUUUUUAUCUUUCUUCACUUCAGAAUAUUAAAUUUGGAAAAUUUAAAAUAGUGUGUUAUGUGGCUGUAAAUGAUGUACACGCUGUAAAAUAAGAUUGUCGUUGUUAUGUGGGAUUAUUAUUUCUAAAUGUUACUCAUUGAAAUGAGCAUACAAUAAAAAGCAUUUAUUGCA